AUGUCCCAUCCUCCUCCUCUUUCUUCCCUGCCUGACGAUAUCGUUUUGAGAUGCUUGGCCCUUGUCCCAAGGAUGUAUCACCUAAACAUCUCAUGGGUCUCAAAAGACCUAAGGUCCCUUGUUCGCUCUCCUGAGCUCAACCUCUUGCGAUCCACCCUCCGCUCCCUCCAUCUAUGUUUCCAAGAAGACCACAGCGACAACAACUCAUCCUUCCACUGGUUUACUCUCAACGAGGCGGAGCAUGGGUUAGUUCUGAACCCAACUCCCUUCCCUUCUCAUCCUAGUUACGGUUCUUCUUCAACCGUCGCAGUGGGGUCAAACAUCUUCUUCAUGGGCGGCUCUAGAGAACCUUCCACGGAUCUAUGGAUCCUUGAUACACGCUCUGGAAACAUUACUAAGGGACCAAGCAUGAGCGUGGCUCGAGUAGGUCGCACAACAGCCGUUGGCGUAAUCCACGGGAAGAUAUACGUGAUGGGAGGCGGAGAGGUUAACGAAGAGAUGCAAGUUGAAGUUUUCGAUCCCGAGACCGAGACCGAGACCACUUGGGAGCUUGCGGGGGUGGAGAAGGUGCGUAAGAUUUCACGGUGCAGUGCCACGGUGGAGGGGAAGGUUUAUAUGGUGGAGUACGACGAGACUAAUGUGUACAAUCCGAGAGGAGGCGAAGGAGAACGGAUGGUUCGUACGGAGAGGUUCACUGAUAUGGCGCAUAGCGUGUGUGUGGUGGAGGAUGUUCUCUUUGCUUUCUUUACCCGGGCUGGGUUGAUGUGGUUUGAUACCAAGAUUAAUGUGUGGAGAAGAUUGGUCGGUCCAGAUGGGAAGGACCUGGUUCUCUCACGUGUGAAGGGGAUGUCGGAAUAUCACGACGGAAGGCUUGUGGUUUUUAACUACAUUUUCGCAACUGACGACAACGGCUUGUGGGAUGUAAAUGAAGUUAACAAGAAUGUUCAGUGUAUGUUGGUUUCACUGGAUAGAGCUGGAGACAAGAUUUGUGGGACUAUCGAUUGGUCUGGUAUUGUGGCUGCAGUCCCAGUUUGGUUUAAUUUUCUGCAUUGUUUACCUGUUUCCCAGUGA